AUGAAACAAGCAGAAAAUCUUAGGUCGAAGUACAUUCAACACAUGUACUUUGACACAAGGGAUCCGCCUGAUAUGUGUUGGAGGCAUCCCCAGAGGAGAAGUCAGUCUUUUCCACUAAGCAGAAGCAGGAGCCCGGAAUCACCGACGAACUAUUAUUCCUCGAGUUCUUACAAGCCGCAAAAGGGUCAUAUGUGUUCCGGCCCGAUGUACUCGAAGUAUACCUCGCAUCACGGUUCCGACGCUAUGUACAUGCAGGCUCGUUCCAAAUCUCACCGAGACGUGCACCAUCCCUCCAACUUGUCGCCCAAGAGGAAGAUCCACUACGACGACGAGUUAGGGGACAUCGAGAAAUUGAAACUCAUCGACGAGGAAUUGGGGAAUAUCGUGGAGGGCAAUGUGGACGAGAACGUCGAAGAGGAGAUAACAGCGGAAGAGGAUCAAGAGUUCUUGGACAAGGAUUACGAGGAGCACGAAGCGGACGAUGAAGUGGAGGAGGAGUCCGACCCGACCCCUCACGCUCAUAGGCCUCAAAGAGCAAACAAGACCGAAUUGUUGAAACAACGAUGGAGAUCCGAGCAACAGCCGGACCCGCGAAGAAUCCGUGGCCAGCAACGUGUCACUUUAGUAGAUAAUCCUUCUCCCAGUAGGUACUAUCAUAACGUGGCCGAGCACGACAUAUCCGAGCCCUUAUCAGAAGAAGAUUUCGUCCGAACGUCGAUGAAGACUUCGAAGCGGCAGCCCUCUGACUAUUAUUGGGUGCCGAGGACCGAGCCCGAUCGAUACGAAAACGUGACGCCGUUAAUGCGGCGUGCCCGCACCAAACCGGAUAUGGAUCGUCUGAUAGACCCGGAGAUGAGCAAAGCGAGAAGGUGCAAUCGGUGCGGUAACUUGUCGAGCAAGAAGAACGAACCGCCUAUGAAGAGUACUUGCAGAUUUGACGAUUCUGCGAAUAUUCCUAUCAAGGGAUCGAUCGGUGACGAGCCCGAGAAUCACGAACAAUUAUACGGCCGUUGCAAGUAUGCCACGAAGGAAGCGAACGCUAUGGAUAUUCCAACUCUGUACGCGAUGAAGUCACGCAGAUCCCGUGACUCAAAGUCGCCGAUAUACGACAUUCCCGAGCACGGGCAGGACAAGCUUUCCCCCGAAUAUUGUCGAUCCUCGAGAUAUCCAAGAAAAUCGGAUGCGUUCAUGGAGAAGUCGAAGAGGUCGUUGCACACGUCUCACGGCACCGCCCGUAUACCUCCUCGAUACGUCGAAUAA